UAAGGUUUUUUUACUCUUAAAAAAAGACGCUUGUUUGUUGGGCGAGCGUAUUGAAAGUGGUAGGCAUGCGCAGCGGGCUCAAUCGGAUUUAUAAACACAGGGCUUGUGAGUUUCAAGCGAGUUUACGCCGUUAACGCAAUAGAAGUUUACUUUGUGCGCGAAAGUUUAAUUUUAAUUCAAGAAAAUGAGUAAAACUUGUUUGAUUUUUCACUCGGUUGUGCUGGUGCAUCAUGUGGUUACUAUUUAUCACAUGAAUGAAUUGUCGACGAGUUACAUGAAGUUUCCCGAUGGAAGAACAAGAGAUAUGUUGAGUGUUGGACCAAGAUUUUUCACUAGUUGGAAUAUUGGAAUUCAAACUAUUUACUUUCUCAUCGCCCUUUUACUCGACUUAACGCGUUUCAUGAAAGAAACAAAAGCAAUUGAAGAAUAUAAAACUAAAUUAACCAAAUUCAAUGGAUACCUCUACAAUGUAAUCAUGUUCCCGGCAACUCUACUUGUGUUUAUUGCCUUCUGGGGAAUGUUUUCCAUCAAAAGAGAUUGGGUUUUGCCACAGCAGCUUGAAGAUGCUUGUCCUGUUUGGCUCAACUCUGCUAUACACACGAAUAUCAUCCCUGUGCUUCUGGGAGAACUUUUAAUUUAUGUUGGGGAGAUGCCACGACCGAAAUUCAAGACCGCCAUGAUUAUUUCAAACUUUUUCAUGGCCAUUUAUACAUUCCAAUAUUUAAUGACGUAUUAUUCCUCUGGUUUGUGGAUGUACGGAAUCUUUUAUGAUGUAAAUUGGACUCUGCGCGGUGUUUUAGUCUUGAGUACUUUUGUUAUAUUAGGCGCAUUCCUCAAGAUGGGAUAUUGGAUCCAAAAUUAUCGAAAUCAGAAGAAAUUUGUAUAAAUUUUCGAAUAUUUUUUAAACAUUGACUUGAAACAAUCCAAAAUGUAAACUACAUUAGUUAUCGAAUGUUUUGUAUUGCACGUAUUUAUAAUUUACAAAUAGGACGCAACGAGAAAUAAACUUAUUUUAAUAUAAA